UCAUUCAUACCAUACUUCAUUUGAGUGUACCUGUCAUAACUGUCAUUUCAAUUUCAUUCAAGUUAAAGUUUACGAAUAUUGAAAAACUUGGAAACUGCAGUUUUAAUUAUUUUGUAAAGUGAUAAUUUGGAACCGGGUGGUUACGCUGGCUUAAGUAUAGAACCCAGCACCAUGUUACCGGAGAUACACAAGAAUGCAGUGAUGCAUGGCUGCAUCGACUACUUCUGCCUGGUCUGCGAGGAGUUGCUGAAGCACGACCACGAGGUGGAAGCUCACAUCACCAAGCCGGUGCACAGGAGUAACCUGGAGAAGACCUUGUAUGUUGAGAGCUGUAGCAGCGAUCACAUUAGGAAGGUCAAAAAAGGAUACUACUGCCAAUUCUGCAACAUGCUUGUGUCUACAAUGGCCAAAAUUAAUUUGCACAUUAAAGAUGAGAAGCAUUUGUUUAACAAAAUGGAUGACUCAGACGGUGACAUCAAAAGAUCAGCUUUCCUCAAGUGGGUUAAAAAUGCAGUUAUAGCCUUUGAUGAUGUCCUCAUAGAUGAAUUUACGUGGAAUGGAUUUAUUGAUAACACUUGUAUGAUUUGUGACGUGGAAUUUGACGAUGCCGAUAUUCAUAAGAAUGAAACCGAGCAUAUCCUCAAAUUGAUUCAGGCUAAAGUGCAAAUUGGUGCUGACAACAUAUCACGCAAAGUAGAUGAUUCAACAUACCAAUGCUUAACAUGUAACACAGUCAUCCCAACAAGUGAAAUGAUGACUCACUUUGAUAAACCAGAGCAUUCUAAAAUUUAUCUCGAGUGUCGUAAGGCGAAGCGAGCCUUCUUCAAUAAGAACGUUAUCGUCGCCAACCAAAUGGAGAGUCCUAAACUUGAAACAUCAAGUAAAACUUAUAAAGAAUCUAAUAUCCAAAUUGAUCAAGGUGAAAAAAAAGCACAAGAUAAAAAAGAGGAAGAAGAAAAGAAAAGGGCUGACGAACAGAAAAAGGAAGACGAAAAUAAAAAGGAGGAGGAAAAGAACAAGGAAGAAGAAAAGAAAAGGCAGGACGAGAAUAAAAAGGAAUUAGAAAGGAAAAGGCAGGAGGAAAUGAAAAAGGAGGCAGAAAAGAAAACUGAAGAAGCAGAAAGAAAAAGGGAGGAGGCAAAGAAAAAGGAAGAAGAAUUGAAAAAAGAACAAGCAAGGAAAAGGGAGGAAGAAAUGAAAAAGGAAGAAGAAAAGAAAAAGGAAGCGGAAAGGAAAAAGGAAGAAGAAAAGAAAAAAACAAAAGAAGUUGCAGAAACUAAAUCAGAAGAUGCAAGUUCGAAAAAAGUCCCCCAAAAAGGCAAGAGAAAAAUAAAAAAAGAGUAUGUGUCUGAUAUUUGUGACAUACUAGGGAUCUCCAACUACAUGCAAGUAACCAAUGAUUUUCAGGUUCACUGUCUGCUCUGUGAUCUUGAUGUGGCCUCGUGUCAGGAAUCUUUCCACGUCAACAGCCUGCACCAUAAGAGGCUGUUGACAUUGCAGAAUGAACGAGCUCAAAAGAUGAGAGCCAAGUACAGCAGAUCUGAGGACAAGAACACAAUAUCACCGGCUAAUAGGGAAGCAGAAAAGAACAGGACCAAAAUCAGUGCCUCUGCAGCAGAAUUCCAAAAGAAAAAUGUCCAGAUAGACUUGAUCAAUGACAAAGCUUACUGCAGUGAUUGCUCCCAAACUGUCAAGUUCAUAUUCGAAGAUAUCGAGAAGCAUAUAGCUGAUCAUAAGAACAAAGUGGCUGCUUCAACUGGUGAAAAAUACCCUGCAUUCAACAAAAGUGACUGCAAAAAGACGGCUCCAGCUAAAAGUGCUGUUAAGACUGAGGUCAUGAUUGAUGAAGAAACUGAGAAAUUCGCUGAAGAUAACCAACUGAGAUUGAUCCAGUCUAGCAACAUGGCCUUCUGCACGCCAUGCCAGCUGAAAGUGCCACUAUCACUGAAGAGCAUGAAACAACAUGUCAAUGGCACGGGCCACCAAACCUUGCAGAAAAAGCCCGAAGUUGAGAGACCGGAGUCUCCCCUAUACAGGACAAAGCCUAUGAAAUAUUUUGUUGAAACUUGCACGAUUGUAGAGAACAUGUUUAGACAUGAUGCGGUGAUCAAUGAUGAUAUUUGUGUGAACGUGAGCAGUUUCAUGUUUCUGACUCAGAUGGACGGGGUGAUCGAGUGCCUGGCGUGCGAUGAAACCGUGAAUGACGCUGAAGAGCACCACAAGACCAAGAUGCAUCAGAAAGUUAUGCAGGAAACUCCGGUCCUCUAUACUAUAGAUUCGGAGUUUAUCCGGGAGGUAAGAGACGAGAUCUACCACUGCGGCUUCUGCAACGAGACCGAGGCCGGCUGGGAUGACUUACAAGAGCACUUGAAGAGCUACCCACACAAGAGCAACCGGGAGUCAUGUGAGUACGCGUGGGAACAACACAUGCCUGCCAUCAGGAAGCAGAGGGCGGCUGAGCAGAGACAGACGGCUGAAUACGAGUUUCUGAUGCGGCUCAUGGUAGGCGCACAUUUUAAACAGUUCUAGAACUCAAUUCGUAAAGUCUGUUUUUUAAUCUCAGAUACUAAAUUGACAGCAGGGCUACUACGAAAAUCGAACGAACGAACGCUGUCAUGCAAUCGGUAAGCCUAAUAUAACGAGAUAGAGUCGUGGUUAUCGCUGCAUAUUUGUUGUGCCGAUUGCGUGAAAAUUCUUGUUCAUUCGUUCGUUCGAUUUUCGUUGUAGCCCUGCUGUCAAUUUAGAAUCUGAGAUUAAAAAACAGACUUUAGAACUGUUUUUCUAGCUCUAGUAAGGCCAACCGUUCGAACAGUGAAAAGCAAGAAGAGUUUGUGUGGCGCCACCUAUCGGUAUAUACGUUGUACUACAUCAGCGCCAUACAAAUUAUUUUACUUUUCAGUGAUCGAACGGUAACAAAAAGUCCAAAAAGAGGUAAUAUUAGGCACUGUGCCAAAGUGUACUAGAAAACUGUGCCUUUAAAUAAGUCCUUAUAAGUUUUCAAUUUUGUGUUUAUUUCAUGAAGUUAAUGUGUUUAUAAAAAAACUUAUGAUUAGUAAUCAAAUAUUUUUUCUAAUGUGCCAAACUUUAGUCAUCGUAAGUAUCGCAACUAUAUUUUGACCUCCUAGAUAUUCACGAAAAUUUUUACAAGUUUCUUUUUAUGAUGGUUUUAUCUAAGUAUUAAUCGUCAAGCCAUUGUAUCUGAAAGUUAUAAAUCAAACUAUAUUAAUCGAUAAUUUAGAAUUACUUACAUAACAUUUCGGUCACACACUCCGACUCACUGUAUACGAAGUAUACCUACCUACUAUUAUAAGUGUUAUUCCGAAAAAAGAGUUAGAGUGGAGGCUGUGUGAAUGAACCGUUAUAUUAGUUAUUAUUAUGCUGUUUUGUUUACCAAGUAUGUAAGUAGAAUGUACUUUGUUACUGUUACCAAAUCUCUGUUUUAAGUGCGUUAAUAAAGACUGUUGAUGGUGCCUUAACAUUGAUAGGAGUUUGUAUUAGAAUAUAAUAUUAUAAUAAGCAUUCCAAUAGUAAUAAACUUUGUAUACGUUUUGUAA